UACGGGCGUGAACAGCAGCGAGCCGCUAUCUCGAGCUGGAAGUUUUGUUUUCCUAUCAGACCAGGCUGACCCCGGAGCGAGAGGACGUUCAGGAAGACCGACGUCUCUCAGCAGAAGGUCGCCCGGAGCGGAUUUUUCUUGGUGAUGAAGUGUGAUGAUGGGGGCGGCUCCGGCGGUCUGUGUGGUCGUUCUGUGUGGACUGCUCGUCCCGGCUCUCGGAGAUAAACACUCUCUGUACUACAUCUACACCGCCCUCAGCAAAGACGUCGCUCUACCAGGGAUCUAUGAGUUCACAGCACUCGGUCUGCUUGAUGACCUGGCCAUCGACUACUACAACAGUAAGGAACAGGUGAAGGUUCCUAAGCAGGACUGGAUGAGAGAGAAGCUGCAGCCAGAUUACUGGGACAAAGGCACCCAGUCUCGCAAGAGCAAAGAGCAGUGGUUCAAGGUCAACGUGGACAUCGUGAUGCAGCGAAUGGGACACAAUCAGACCGACCUUCAUGUUCUUCAGUGGAGACAUGGCUGUGAGAUCGAGGAAGCAGAUGGAAAACACGAAUUUCUGAAAGGCGUCAGUGAUUACGGCUAUGACGGCUCAGAUUUCCUCUCCUUUGAUAAUGAUAACGUGCGGUGGAUCGCUCCAGUUCCAGAAGCUUUGCCAACCAAAAGGAAAUGGGAUGAUGUGGCCAUCCUGAACCAGUACACCAAGGGUUACCUGGAGAGAGAAUGUGUGGACUGGCUCACCAAAUUCUUGGAGUACAGAAAAGAAUCACUGAAAAAGCUUUCUCAACCAUCCCGAAGCCUCUCAGCUCCAUUCCUCGCACGGUCUGGGCCACCCAUAAGGAUGACGUGGGCUCCACCAGAUGUUCAUGUGUUUGAGAAGAAAUCUGAAACUGACAUGAAGAAGCUGACCCUGACCUGCCUGGCCACGGGUUUCUACCCCAAAGACGUGGUGAUGAGUCUGAGGAAGUCCAAGAGUUCACUGCCUGAACAUCUACUAACAUCUUCAGGAGUCAGACCCAAUGAUGAUGGAACCUACCAGCUGAGGAAGAGUGUGGAAAUCCAGGAGGAUGAAGCAGCAGAUUAUGACUGUUAUGUGACUCACAGCACCUUUGAAGAGCCAAUAACUAAGAAAUGGGACACAGACAUGCUGAAGUUCACAGUACAUCCUCCCAAAGAAGCUGGGAAGCCGUUAAUAAAGGUGCCCCAGGCAGAGAUACAGCCCAGAGAAGAGCUGCCUGAUUGUGACCCUCCUCAGCCCAAAAUAGAAGAGAUGGGGAUUGAGCACCAGCUUUUACAAGAGGUUUCAGCCAUUCGGCAGGUGCAGGAAGAGCUGUUAAAGAUUGAGAGAGAAAGGCUAGAACUUGAAAAGGAGAAACAAAAACUGAAGGAAGAAGUUUAAAGGUAUUCAAUAAAUAACAUUUCAGAAGACACCUCACCUUCAAUAAUAGAUGUCACCUCACCUUCAAAUCUACCAUGUCAGUCACCGCACUCAUACUCAUGCACUCGUACCAGCUCCACACACACUACCGUGUCAGAGUCACCGCUGUGUCCUAUAGACUCGUACCAGCUCCACACACACUACCGUGUCAGAGUCACCGCACUCGUACUCAUACACUCGUACCAGCUCCACACACACUACCGUGUCAGAGUCACCACUGUGUCCUAUAGACUCGUACCAGCUCCACACACACUACCGUGUCAGAGUCACCGCUGUGUCCUAUAGACUCGUACCAGCUCCACACACACUACCGUGUCAGAGUCACCGCUGUGUCCUAUAGACUCGUACCAGCUCCACACACACUACCGUGUCAGAGUCACCGCUGUGUCCUAUAGACUCGUACCAGCUCCACACACAGUACCGUGUCAGAGUCACCGCUGUGUCCUAUAGACUCGUACCAGCUCCACACACACACUACCGUGUCAGAGUCACCGCUGUGUCCUAUAGACUCGUACCAGCUCCACACACACUACCGUGUCAGAGUCACCGCUGUGUCCUAUAGACUCGUACCAGCUCCACACACACACUACCGUGUCAGAGUCACCGCUGUGUCCUAUAGACUCGUACCAGCUCCACACACAGUACCGUGUCAGAGUCACCGCUGUGUCCUAUAGACUCGUACCAGCUCCACACACACUACCGUGUCAGAGUCACCGCUGUGUCCUAUAGACUCGUACCAGCUCCACACACACUACCGUGUCAGAGUCACCGCUGUGUCCUAUAGACUCGUACCAGCUCCACACACACUACCGUGUCAGAGUCACCGCACUCGUACUCAUACACUCGUACCAGCUCCACACACACUACCGUGUCAGAGUCACCACUGUGUCCUAUAGACUCGUACCAGCUCCACACACACUACCGUGUCAGAGUCACCGCUGUGUCCUAUAGACUCGUACCAGCUCCACACACACUACCGUGUCAGAGUCACCGCUGUGUCCUAUAGACUCGUACCAGCUCCACACACACUACCGUGUCAGUCACCGCUGUGUCCUAUAGACUCGUACCAGCUCCACACACACUACCGUGUCAGAGUCACCGCACUCGUACUCAUACACUCGUACCAGCUCCACACACACUACCGUGUCAGAGUCACCGCUGUGUCCUAUAGACUCGUACCAGCUCCACACACACUACCGUGUCAGUCACCGCUGUGUCCUAUAGACUCGUACCAGCUCCACACACACUACCGUGUCAGAGUCACCGCUGUGUCCUAUAGACUCGUACCAGCUCCACACACACUACCGUGUCAGAGUCACCGCUGUGUCCUAUAGACUCGUACCAGCUCCACACACACUACCGUGUCAGAGUCACCGCUGUGUCCUAUAGACUCGUACCAGCUCCACACACACUACCGUGUCAGAGUCACCGCUGUGUCCUAUAGACUCGUACCAGCUCCACACACACUACCGUGUCAGAGUCACCGCUGUGUCCUAUAGACUCGUACCAGCUCCACACACACUACA